AUGGAGUUCGCCGACUAUCCAGGCCUCAAUGCAGACCUGGCAGCCGACUUCCAUGCGCGGCACUUCACCAGACGGGACACACACAUGUUCUCGGACCAUCUGGGACAGAUGCCACACUUCAAUCCUGCCGCCCUAGCUGGUCUGGCCGUCGACGUCAAGCCGCGCUUGACAAAGGAACAGCACGAUGUACUCGAGAACGAAUUCAGAAAACAAGCAAAGCCCAACACAAACACAAAGAAGAGAUUCGCCGAGGUCUUGGGCGUGUCAUUAGACAAGGUCAACAACUGGUUCCAGAACCGCAGAGCAAAGUCAAAGCAGGAUGCCCAAAAGGCCGCUGGUGCUUUCAACAUGUUGCAAGCGCAGCAGCAACAGCAACAACAACAGCAGCAGCAGCAGGGCCAACAGCAGCAGCAAAGCUUCGUCGGCAUCAACCCAAUGGGUGCUAUGAACAACAUGCCUGGCGAACAACCCUUCUGCAUGCCCAAUCUGUACAACGGCGUCCGCGACAACUCCAUCAUCGACGGCACCAUGUCCAACGGCCUGGGGAUCAGCCAGCCUGAAAACGCCUUUGCUUCGCUCGACCAGAUCACAUCACAACCUAUGCGUCACCAGGCGUCAACACAAUCUCUAGCCUCUCAGCAUUCAGUGCGUUCGGGAUCGAUCGCUGAAGCCAACAACAGGCAUACUCUGACUCAGGCUCAGUUCGACGCUUAUUCGCAGCCAAACUUCGCCAACAUGUCGACUGCUGACAGCAACAACUCCUUGAACUCGACCGCCAACAGCGACUUCUACUCGGAGUUCUGCGACUUCUCGUUCGACCCUCAGUCUGUUGACCCAUUGACUUCUCCUAUGCAGUCUAACGAAACCAUUGAUUCUUUUGCUCCCGACGUGGUGCCCGACUUCAAGCCGUCCGAUAACCAGCUGCGCAACCCUUCAUCGAGUUCGGAUGGAUCUGCUCCCUCGGUAACCAUCUCACCAGCAGAGGACAAGGAAGACACAUUCGACUUGAACUUGCCGAGCGACAACAAGCCUUCGCAAGCCACAGUGACGUCUCCUCAGUGGCAGCCCGGACAGUCCGUUCCUGUGGAGAUGGACAACCUCCGCAAGGAAUUCCAAGAGGCUGCUAUGCGCCGCGACUUCUCUGUCCAAUCAAUUCCUGAUCCUAGCGAGUACCUUGACCAAGCCAUGGAUUUCCCUGGUGAUGACUACAACCGCCGCGAAUCUUCAACGGUCCAGCUUGCUCGUUCGAUGCAAAGCUUCACUAUGGCUUCUCAACGCUCAGCCAUGCCCUCAUCCAGCAUCGCUGCCCGCCGACAGCGCCCUCGCCCGGCUCCCUUGGGCACCACUGGUUCGAGCACACGUAGCACUUCUUACUGUGGCACACUACCCACAUCUCCGGGUCCCGUCGGUGGUAACAAUACUGUGGGAGGUCACAGUCUUCGUCGUAUCAAGUCAUCGCAAGCCAUGAACGGCAUUGCUGGUGGUCGCAUCCAGAAGAACAUUGGUGCCGCUCAGCGUUCGCCUUCUGGCUAUACCACUUUUGCCGAGGCCAACAACGCUCGAUUCGGCCGCCGCGCAUCCGCCUUCACUCCUGCUUAUGCUAGUCUUGCUGCAUCGUCUGUUAGUCUCGCUCCUCCUACGCCACUGUCUCCUACCAAGACAGCAAGAACUCUACGUCAGAUGCAAUCUCAACCUAUGCUCAGACAGACCAGCUUGCCUGAGGGCGAUGAAAACUACAUAGUUUCUGGCAUGAACUUCUCCCCACCCUCAACGCCUCUUUACGGCGGCCAGUUCAUCCGCAGCCGAAUGGGCAGCCUGGCAGUUCCUGCUGACAACACCCCUCCUCAAUCCGCUCCAGCAACCCAGCAAUGUUUCCCCAGCGGUGCUUUCAGCCCACCUCACAUGUCGGCAAUGCCUAUGGUUCAGUCUCAGGCUAAUCCGCAAGCCUUCCUUGGCAUGUUGCCUAACGAGUACCCUCAGAUGCACAAUGUCAUGUUUCCUGCUCAGCAACAGCAAAGCCAAUUCAUGGAUCCACAGAUGUCGUACAUCAUGACAAACACAGGCGAAGUCAUCUCUGGUUACCCCGUUAUGCCACCUUUCGCUCAGGGCCACAUGCAAGCGACUCCUCCUCACCAGCAGCAACCUUUUCUGCCAUCCUCAAGUCUGAGCCCCAACGUCCUUGGCUCUUCGCAGGUCCCGAAGCACGUCAACCCCGGAGCCGAUUUUUUCGUGCACGAAUACUCACCUCCGCGUGACGUUAAGCAAUCCAACACUCCUCGCAAAGCCGUCGAGACUGGACCUAAAAACUACACCUUCUCCAACCAUGGCCCGGAAUAUUUUGAAAAGCACGCCAAACAAAAGGGCAGUUCCAGUCCUGCCUCUUCCUCUUGUGAAUCGGCUGUGGCAUGA